AUGGAAACAAAUCAAACUCUGCUGGACGACGUCGUCAUUUCGGACGAUUUUCCAGAACCUUCAACUUCCACAGUCAUGGAAGACUUUCCAACUGCUCGCGAUCUAUUGAUAGGUGAUCUACCCGAGAUGGAUCCGCACAAUAUCACAGCAGUAUCUGUAAAUACUACCUCAACAACUCAUCAGAUUUUCGAGAAUUUCUUCAGUGUCAUAGAGUCAAUGAUGGAGGAAAAUACAUGGUUGAUUUAUACAAUCACAGGCAUUGUCACUGUGAUAGUGAUAAUUGUCAUCGUAGCUAUUGUAGUGUGGUUAAUUAAACACAAAAAGAGAGUAAUUCAACAGGAAAACGAUCCGAUCCUAACAAGUACAUAUGAUGACGGAAGGAAGUUUGGAAAGUGUUGUUUUUGUUGUCGAAAAGCCCCUGACAAACAAAGUGAUAGUCGAAUUCGUCAGAAUUCAGCGAGUAAUUUGGAUCCAUACAGACGACGUCCACUUCCUCCAAUUGGGACGAAAGCUAGUGAAUCUUACAUCAGCACGUUUAAUCGUAACGAAGCUUUGGAUGGUUUAUCAAGACCUCCUCCAAUAGAUGAGAAGACUCUUGCUGUCAACAUACAAAGUAUUCGAGGUGUACCACAUGUGGAUCUUCGCCCUGACCAAUAUCGAAAUUUACCUUCGCUAAGGAUAACAAACGAGUGA